AUGGACGAGGAGAACAAUUCAGCUUGCGAUUCGGAAUCGUCCACUUCCCCGAACAGGGGUGAAGUUCUUUUGAUUUCACCGGGUGGUGUCAGAGAGGCGCUUUUCGCCGAUGAAUACUACUCAAUAGUAUGGGGCAAGCGUCGAGGAUUCGCCCGCGUGGCUAUUCUGGCCAAUCAGCCUAUAUAUCCGGUUUUCACAGAAAAUGUACGAGAAGCCAUUCGGGUUGUCCAAUUUGGAAAACGUAAGUUUCUACUAUUCUACCCUACACAUGCGUUCAGUUUCCGUCCGAUUAGUCAUUAG